UUUAAACAGAAUGCAUUUCUUAUAGUAAUCAUCAUAUUGUUUGUCAUUGGCUUUGUAUUAGGUUUUCUCUUUUUUCCCUUUUCGGCAGCUCUGAAUCAUUGGCUUUCUGGCGAUAAAAGGCGACUGGAAAAUGCUUUGUAGGGACUUCUAUACUCAAGUAAUACUUUCCUGCUUGUGGCUUUUCGAACAAUUUGUGUCUCUAUUAUAUCACUAACUUAUGAGGCUUAUGCGGAUAUUUCAGAUUAUAACUUUGAUGGCUUUGGUUUCCUUGUUUUAUAUUACUGGAUAUGUCAUUGGCAUUUACUAAUCCGGUUCUCAUGUGAUGGAUCUGUGAUAGCAUGGAUUGAAAAUCUUGAAGCUUUUGUUAUGGUUUUCAGUCUAAUCUAAUUGACUAUCAUGCUAGAGUUAUAACCUUAUAUAGCACCACAAUUCAUCUAGUUUCUUUAUUUUGUAAGAGUGUUUCUGUUAAGAGUUUUGUUAGUUCGAGGACAAAUCUGUCCUCUGUUCACAUAUUAUGAUGGUCUCAUAUCACUUUUCUAUCUACUUGAGUUAAGGAUGAACCAUUUUCAUGACUUUCAAUGCAGUGCAAAAGCUAGUCAAUAAGAACAAUGAGGAAGUUGUUAGAGAUUUGAGGACACACAUCUCCAGUAGUUCCUAAGAAAGAACCAACCAAGAAGACCUGCUAAGAUAUUGUUUUACUCUUUUUCUAGGCCAUUUUUAGUUUCUCUUUCUCCGCAUAAUUGUCGCGAGGAUUUCCUUUAGUAAAAACUAUGCAAGUGCAAAUCUCUCUGUCUUUCUGCAGAAUCAGCUGCUGCUUUUGUUGAUGGGUUUAGGUUAUCAGAUUCAUUAACAAAAAAAAAAAAAGUUUUUCUCUUUCUUUGGUUUGUUUAUCCACCAAAGUACUCUCUUUUACGGUACUUCUUGCUUUGGUUCAACCAAAAUAUCUUUAUAUGUCUUGCUGCUGAAUUUGUCGGUAACAAUGGGCACUAAUAGUAAGCUUAAGCUAAAUAUUGUUCAGCUACCAUUUGCAUUAAUCUUUUACUGUUUCAUUCAUUUUUCUUACAAGGAAAAAAGGUUAUAUUUUGCAUUAAAUGUAGUUAAAGUUUUACCAUUUUAUUUGAGAAAAAAAAGAUGGCAGAAUUGGAAAUA